CAUCGCUUCCCUCCUGGCUCAUAGUUAAAACCAAAACUGUAUUUUAAAACAAUAAAAAUGGUGGUUACAUGAUCUCCAACAAACAUACAUUUUCAUCAACAAAAUCUCUAAAUUCUUCCCUAAACAUCAUGCACAAUCAUCAUCAACGCUUAAGGAAUCCUUCGCCUGAGAGAAAUUGGGUUGAAAAAUGUUGGAAUUGCACCUGUUUAGAGUUGUUCUGGCCUAGGGUUGUGCACAAAUGGCUCAAUAUAUCUACUAAUAGUUCUGAUUACAGUGCUGAUUCUGAUGAUAGUGUUUGUGAUCCUAUUGGUGCAGAGGCGUUGUGUUGUCGGUCGAGUGGAUCGGGAUUUAACGAUGAAAAAGGAGAUUUGCAGAAUGAUGGUUAUGGAGCUUUUCCCAGGUCAAGAAGAAGGAAAUCGGAGACAUUUAAAGCACAACUUAUUGACUCAAAGGAACUCAGGGUAUCUGCUAAUACUUGGAAUGUUGGAGGUGAACUUCCACCAGAAGACCUCGAUAUCCGAGACUGGCUCGAUACGGACUGCCCUGCAGACAUAUAUGUGAUUGGUUUUCAAGAAAUCAUACCAUUAAAUGCCGGCAAUAUUUUUGGCUCUGAAGAUGACCGUCCGAUUCCUAUAUGGGAAAACAUCAUUCGUGAAACGUUAAAUAAUAUUCAACCCGUAAAAACAAAAUUCAAAUGUUACAGUGACCCCUCUUCUCCAUCAAGAUAUAAACCAUCUCAUUAUGCUCCAAAAACAAAACAUGAAAUAGUGCUAGAAAGUGAUAGCGACACCGGGGACCAAAUACGCACAUUUAACGAUUCUGUAACAACAGAUUCUAAAGAAAAAGUAGAAGAAUAUGUUGAUUCAUUCAAAGAUUCCAGUACUUUCGAAAAUGAUCAUCUUUUAGAGGAGUAUUUGACUGAUGUUAACAAAGUCAAACCAGAGGUCAAGUGGCUUGCGAAACUGGAUAUUGACUCCGUUAUGUACCAAAAACGAAAACCACAAUAUGUGAGAAUCGUAAGCAAGCAAAUGGUUGGUGUUUUUAUUACCAUUUGGGUUCAUAGAAGCUUGCGGAAGCAUAUACAGAACGUGCAUGUAUCAACCGUUGGCGUCGGUGUAAUGGGCUACAUAGGUAACAAGGGGUCCAUAUCAGUGAGUAUGUCUAUAUAUCAGACGAAUUUCUGUUUCAUAUGCACUCAUUUAACGUCUGGUGAGAGGGACAUUGAUAUUGUUAAAAGGAAUGCCGAUGUGGAUGAAAUAUAUAAAAGAACGCGUUUUAAUUCAAUGUCAAAUGCUGCAGUUCCAAGGAGCAUUAAGGAUCAUGAGCGAAUUAUAUGGUUGGGUGAUCUUAAUUACCGCUUUAAUUUGUCGUACGAGGAAACACGCGAUUUGAUUUCCAAAAAUGCAUGGUCCAAGUUGCUAGAGAGUGAUCAACUAAGACUAGGAGGUGCGUUUGACGGGUGGACAGAAGGCGCGUUAAAUUUUCCACCGACUUACAAAUACGAGCCGAAUUCAGAUAAAUAUUAUGGCGAGGAUCCUAAAGUUGGUAGGCGUACGCCCGCAUGGUGUGACCGUAUACUUUCAUAUGGGAAGGGGAUGCGGCAACUGAGCUACAAACGGGCUGAGAUUAAACUCUCGGAUCAUAGGCCCGUUUCUGCAUCGUAUAUAAUAGAAGUUGAAGUGUUUUCUUUAAAAAAGUUACAACGGGCCCUUACAUUUACCAAUGCGGAAAUGGAAAACUAUGGAUCGACCUAUUUCAAAAUGGUUUAGGGUCAGAACGGGUCUUUUUUUUGUGUACAGGUUAGGGUGCAUACAACUGUAAUAACUACCCGAUUCAUUCACAUGUUGAAACAUGAUAUGUUUUGGAGUCGAAGCUUUCGGUUAUUUAUAUAUUUUUCUGAUGGCAUUGCAUCAUUCAUCAUUAGUCGAAAAUUUGGUUGCUAAGUAUGUGAUAUUUCAUUAUUUUCCUUCAAAAAGGUUCUUAAAAAAGUUAACUGCC